CCAGUGUGAAGGAAAAUGUUGGCUAAAGCUCCUCCUCCUCCUCCUCCAAAUUGUCCGAGACUCAAGCUCCUGCUACCUCGCAGCCUAAACACUUCUGUCCAAUUCACCAGAGGCUGUGGGAGUUUCGUUUUGGCUAGAGCUGGAGCUGGUAAAACUCAAGACCAUACCGCCAUUGAAGAUAUUGACUAUACGAUAGCUGUCACUGGCGAUGUUCCUACUGCGCAAAGUAUUCGAGACUUAACUGGGGGUUUUGAGAAAUUGAAAGUUCAAAGAGUAAAAGCUAUAAUGAACAAAACUUCUCGGAUAAGGCGAGAAAUCACCCAACAUAAACAAGAAAUUGAUGAGGUAGAUUCCGAUGAUGAUGUUGGCGGUAUUGACGGGGAAUCUGAGUAUCAAGUUAUGCCCAAUAAACGGAAUGAUUUCAGGUCUGGAAGUUAUAGACAGAAAGGGGAAGCUUCAAAAGGUUCUGCUGGUUCGUUGAGAGGGUGGGGUAAUGGAGGUUCUGCUCGUAAUUCCAAAUAUGUUCGUAAUUCCAAGUAUGAACCUACAGAUGGACUGAAGUAUCAGAGCAAAGUUUCUGGGCAGACUGACUUUUACAGUAGAAGAUCCUUUGGGGAUUUGGGGUGCACCGACUUUAUGAUUGAUUCUUUGAAAGCUCAGCGCUUUCUGCGUCCUGCACAUGUUCAGGCCAUGGCAUUUGGACCUGUUAGUGAAGGAAAGAGCUGCAUUAUAGCUGAUCAAAGUGGAUCAGGGAAGACAUUGGCAUAUCUUAUACCUGUGCUUCAGCGGCUUAGGCAAGAGGAACUCCAAGGACUUAGCAAAUCCUCAUCACAAAGUCCUCGGGCAGUUGUAAUUGUACCAACUGCUGAGUUGGCUUCUCAGGUUCUGAACAAUUGCAGAUCAAUGUCAAAAUGUGGGGUUCCUUUCCGUUCUAUGGUUGCAACUGGAGGCUUUCAACAAAAAACUCAACUGGAGAAUCUGGAACAAGGAGUUGAUGUUUUAAUUGCAACUCCUGGUCGUUUUAUGUUUCUUAUUAAUGAGGGCUUCUUGCAGUUGACUAAUCUUAAAUGUGCUGUACUGGAUGAAGUAGAUAUACUCUUUAAGGAUGAGGUUUUUGAAACAGCGCUGCAAUGUUUGAUGAAUUCUUCACCUGUUGCCACACAGUACUUAUUUGUGACUGCGACUUUACCGGUAGACAUAUACAACAAGCUGGUAGAAGUUUUUCCUGAUUGUGAAGUGAUCAUGGGACCGGGUAUGCACCGCAUAAGCCCCCGCCUUGAAGAGAUUCUUGUAGAUUGCAGUGGAGAUGCUAUGGCAGCAAAAACACCUGAAACAGCAUUUCAUAAUAAAAAAUCGGCUCUUCUGCAGCUUGUUCAACAAAAUCCAGUUCCAAAAACAAUUGUUUUCUGUAAUAAGAUUGAAACCUGCAGAAAAGUUGAGAAUGCAUUGAAACGUUGUGAUAGAAAAGGGACUUCAAUGCAAGUUUUGCCCUUCCACGCUGCUCUGGCACAAGAGUCACGGAUUGGAAAUUUGAAGGAGUUCACCAAAUCUCUUUCUGGAGAAGAAUCUCUCUUUUUGGUGUGCACUGAUAGAGCAUCACGUGGAAUAGACUUCGCUGGUGUUGAUCAUGUUGUUCUCUUUGACUUUCCCCGCGAGCCAAGUGAAUAUGUUAGGCGCGUGGGAAGGACAGCGAGAGGCGCUGGUGGAAGUGGCAAAGCGUUCAUCUUUGUGGUUGGCAAGCAAGUUUCUCUUGCGCAGAAGAUUAUUGACAGAAACCAAAAGGGUCAUCCCUUACAUGAUGUGCCAUCUGCAUAUGAGCUUAUGAACUGACGAAGCAUUAUUUAUAACUUAUAAGAUCAGAUAAUCGCAACGGCUGAUGUUACGGUAUUGUCUCACCAUAUUGAGUUUGAAACUGGAGCUGUAAGAGCUACUUUCACACUCGUAGUGUGGUUGACUGUAUUUUUUGAUGUUAAAACUUUAAUUGAUAUCAAUGGGACUAUUCAAUUUUACUCUUA